AUGGAAUGCGUAUAUCCAUCCAAGGCCAGGAAAUGGCUCGGUCCGAAGAGACACCCGACUCCAGCAUCGAGGGACUCAUCCUUGAUCACCUCCCCGGCAGGAGAACUCCCCAUGACGGCUUUCAGUGGCGAUGACAUGCGAUUCUUCCAUCAUUUCCUAGUGGCGGCCCAUCCGCAUCUCCCGUAUGGCAAUGAGCAUUCAUGGACAAUGCGAGUACCGCGAUAUGCACAUGCGUAUCCCUGCCUGAUGCACGCCAUCCUGUCUCUCGGAGCAACGCACUACGCUCUCCUCGCGCCCAAUGGCUCGCAGUACGCUUCGACAGCCAUCAUUCACCGCGGCAAAGCCCUGAAGGCACUAGGAACGGCACUCGGCAAAGGCCCGGAAGCCACCAACACCGAGAUGGAUGUGAUCCUGGCCACCUGCUACACGCUCGUCUUCCAAGCCUACCAGAUGAACGACGGCCUCGUCGACUUUGCCGUGAUGGUCCGUGGCUGUGGGAUCGUGACUGGCUGGAUCCUGGAACGGUUUCAAACGAGCCAGAUGUUCACGCUGCAGACGGAAUCCGAUGUGGAUGCGCUCAUUGCCGGGGAACUUUCCGAUGAACCGCUCAGCACCCCGCACAGUAUAGAAGCGUUGCUGGUCGCGAUGCAUAAGCUACCGCCUCUUCUGAACAGUCCGGCGCAUCACCGCUUCUUUCACGCGAUACGAAAUACCCUGGCUGCCAUGCAGAUCUCGAUGAAACGUACAUUCGUCAAUCUCACGUCCAUCUACGCGGUGUGGUACCAGAUGGAGAAUAAGGAAUUCCUCACCUUCAUCGCACCGGCCAACCACGUUUCCCGGGCAUUGUUCCUGUUUUUCCUGGCCGUCGAGCUCAUCAUGCAGCCUGUCUUUCUCAAGUUAAACGGGUUCAAGGGACAUAAGCCUCCUGUAACGAUGUCGCUGGUGCACCAGUGGGCAGACACGAUAUAUGGCGAGCUGCCGGCUUCGGUCAGAGAGUAUGUACAGGUGCCGACGGAGAUGAUUCUGGCGGAUGGAGGCCUGAGGGCGGUUAUCUCUCAACGAGCUGCAUUUUCUGAUCUGCAUACUCUGUUCUCUGAUGUGGAGGGGAGCACAUGGCUUGGGUGUAUGUGA